GGCAAGCAGGAUGAUGGACGACCGCCGAGAAGCGAGAGCGGUUGUCUCUCGGAGAAUAUUUGACGACGACGACGAGUGGAGGACGAACACUGGAGCCGGAAUUGUGUCCUACACGACGAGCAGCGCCGACGAGAUUCGCUUCGACGACGUCGAGGAGAUACGAGGCGAUGAUUUCGAACCGGAGAGACGUCAGGCAACCUCCAAUCCGGUAAUGUCUUGGAGCAAAACGGAAAGAGGCAAAGAGUGGUCGGCAUGGUGGGAAGCGGGUGAUGACAAGCGUCCGGCGUCCGGCGCAUUCGCGACUACCAGCUUGUCUGACAAGAAAUCACUACACGACCUCCAGUCAGACGUUCGUGUACUGCGAUCCAAGUUAAAGGAAGCUGAGGUGGCUCGUUGGAAUUCACUACCAGUACGAGAAACAAUCAAGCGUAUGAUGCUGAGAAAGCCAUACACAUUGGAGCCGUAUAAGUCAUACGAAGACAAAGUCGGUCUUUUGCAAAUUGCCAUUGAGUUUCACGACGGUAACUGCAUUAUGGCUGUACUACAGUUUCUCAAGCGAACGUUGAAAUAUGGCAAAUUCUUUGACUUGUUGGUUCGAUUUCCUGAGGCCGAAACUCAUUAUAUUGCUUUUUUGAAGCAGCAUUAUGACUGGUUGGAGCUGCGUAAAUUGUACAAUCUGUUGGCGAGAUACGAAGAUGAGUGGGUAUUGAGGUAUAAUCAGAGUAGAAAUGCAACACCAGCUGACACAAGAGUGCGGCGACUGGAGGACUGCCUGAGGUUUUUUGACUCGGCAUCGUGUGAGGAUCUCGGCAGGUCAUAUUAUGCUGUUGCAGUGAAGGAGCAGAUCAACCUUCUCUCGAGACAAAUUCCAAUCGAAGAAAAAGAUGCCAAAGUUGAACGUCUAGGCGAGUAUCACCUGUUCAAGACUUACCCUCGACAAUCACCCGUCCUCUACAACUCACUCAUUACAACAUUAUAUUAUUGCUGUUUUUAUCACUAUGACUGCAAACCAGAUGCAGUACAAAGUCCUGUUAAGUUUCGUACUGACUUUAAGUUGUCAGAGAAACAGUAUCUAUGGAUGGCACUGGCAGCUCAAGCUCGAUUGAGACGUUGGGAAAAGUUUGAGCAAUUGUUGACAGCAAAGGGUUGGUUUGGCUCAACUAAACUCAAGAGUCCAAUCAGCUUUGACAAGAUUGUUGAACUUAUACACAGACAGAAGGCUACUCCGGACAAAAUCGAUAAAUACGCAAGACUCAUCGACGAUCUAUCACUAAGAUUUAAAGUGCUUGCAAGAAUUGGUCGGCAUUUCUUGGCAGUUCAGACACUACUUGAAUUGCGUGAUCGCAAUCAACUACUUCAUUAUCAGGAUAAGGUGCCCUCCACAGACAGACGAACUCACGACUUGAUGUACAGAGCUCUUCAGGAUGUUUCAAUCAAAUGGCGUUGAAGAAUAAUUGGGCAUUAAAAUUGGAGUUAGAGGGUAUACAGACACUGUGUUGUGAUGUUAGUUUAUGGUAUUUUUCAGGUGUAUGAUAAGAAGCUGUUGGAUUUUGGUAAUACAAAGUGGAUUGAUUUUAUGUAAUUUUACAUGACACUGUCUACAGCAGCUAAUUGCUAUACGAAUUGGUUUGGAAUUUGA